AUGGGAUACUGGGGCGACGUGACGUCGACGAUCGACUGGUGCGAGCCCAACUACGUCUUCUCGCACUACGUGGCCGAAUUCUGGAACACGAUCUCGAACCUCUCGUUCAUUGUGCUCGGCUACUACGGGCUCCAGCGGACGGUCGCCAUGGAUUUCGAGUGGCGCUUCGUGCUCAUGUAUCUCAACGUGAUGGUCGUCGGCUGCGGCUCGGCGCUUUUCCACGGCACGCUCACGCACGUGUCGCAGCAGCUCGACGAGACGCCCAUGAUCUGGUCGAUGCUUAUCUGGAUUUACAUUUUGUAUGCACCCGACUGGCAAAACCAGAAGCAACUGGAUCUGGGCAUGCGCGCGCUCCUCAUCAGUCUUGGUGUCGGAUUUACAAUUGCCCACGCGGUCUACUCGUUCGUGCUCGCGUUCCAAGUGCUCUUCUCGGGUCUUACGUUUUCGUGUCUCUGGCGCGUGCGCAGCUACUACGGCCAAAUCGAUUGCGUUGAAGGCAAAGGCCUCGCCAAGUCGUACAUCCGGACUGGGUUCAUCGGCGCGCUGUGCUGGCUCGUCGACUACCACCACUGCGACAGCUCGUUCAACUUGUACGGCCACGCGUGGUGGCAUUUCUUCAUGGGUCUCAACGCCUACUACGGCCCGCUCUUCAUGCAGUACGUGCGCGCGUCGCAGCUCGACUGGGCACCCGCCGUCGCACCGGCGAUCGCAGGCCUCUCGACCAUCAUCAUCGACAAGCCAUCCUGCCACGCCAAACUACAAUGA